GUGACGGGGGCGGUGGCGGUGCCCAUUGUGCGCGGGGCGGGGGCGUCGCGGCCCCGUCACCACUUCCCCGGGCCGGAGGAAGCGGGAAGCGGCCGCUCCCGGCUCAGAGGGGCCGCGAUGGGGAACCUGCCGGGGGUCCUGCCCGGGGCCCCCCGCGCCUGCCCCGGCCUCGGCCUCUGCUCGCGCCCGCGCGGCCCCGCGCCCGAGGACCCUCCUGUCACCGCUGCCAUCGCCGCUGUCACCGAGCCCCCCGGCCCGGCGCCCGCUCACCCGGCAGAGCCCCCGCGCUUCGCCCGCCUGAAGAACUGGGAGACGGGGAGCAUCAGCUACGACACGCUCUGCGCCACCGCGGGGCAGGAGCUGCCCUGCUCGGGGCAGCGCUGCCUGGGGUCCCUGGUGCUGCCGCGGCCGCUGCCCAGCCCGACCCCCGAGGGGAUGCGACCCCCCGAGGAGCUGCUGGAGCUGGCCCGGGACUUCAUCACCCAGUACUACGUGUCCCUGCGGCGGGAGAACUCCCCGGCACACACGCAGCGGCUGCGGGAGGUGGCUGCGGAGAUCGAGGCCUCGGGCUCGUACCGGCUGCGGGAGCCCGAGCUGGCCUUCGGGGCCAAGCAGGCGUGGCGGAACGCGGCUCGCUGCGUCGGCCGCAUCCAGUGGAACAAGCUCCAGGUGUUCGACGCCCGGGACUGCGCAGGGGUGGGGGAGAUGUUCAGCCUCCUCUGCUCCCACAUCCAGUUCGCCACCAACCGCGGCAACAUCCGGUCUGCCAUCACCAUCUUCCCGCCGCGGGCACCGGGACGGGGUGAUUUCCGCAUCUGGAACCCGCAGCUGAUCCGCUACGCCGGGUACCGGCAGCCCGACGGCUCCGUGAGGGGCGACCCCGCCAACGUGGACAUCACCGAGCUCUGCAUCCAGCACGGCUGGACCCCCGGGGGGGGCCGCUUCGACGUGCUGCCGCUGCUGCUGCAGGGCCCCGACGAGUCCCCCGAGCUCUUCCCGCUCCCCCCGGAGCUGGUCCUCGAGGUGCCGCUCCAGCACCCCACGCUGGAGUGGUUCUCGGAGCUGGGGCUGCGCUGGCACGCGCUGCCAGCCGUGGCCAACCUGCUGCUGGAGAUCGGGGGGCUCGAGUUCCCCGCGGCCCCGUUCAACAGCUGGUACAUGGGCACCGAGAUCGGCUCCCGCAACCUCUGCGACCGCCACCGCUACAACGUGCUGCCCGAGGUGGCCCAGCGCAUGGGGCUGGACACGGGGACCAGCUCUUCCCUCUGGAAGGACCGGGCGGCCGUGGAGGUGAACGUGGCCGUGCUGCACAGCUUCCAGGUGGCCCAGGUGACCAUCGUGGACCACCAUGCGGCCACCGAGUCGUUCGUGAAGCACCUGGCAGCGGAGGGGCAGGCACGGGGGGGGUGUCCCGCGGACUGGGCCUGGAUCGUGCCCCCCCUCUCGGGCAGCCUCACCCCCGUCUUCCACCAGGAGAUGGUCAACUACCAGCUGCGGCCUACCUUCCGCUACCAGCCCGAUGCCUGGAAGGUUUACGUGUCCAAAGGCACCACCGUCACACGGAGAAAGACCUUCAAGGAAGUGGCCAAUGCCGUCAAGAUCUCGGCCAAGCUGAUGGGACAGGUGAUGGCGCGGAGGGUGAAGGCCACCAUCCUCUACGCCACCGAGACCGGGAAAUCCCGGACUUACGCUUGGAAUCUGUGCCAGCUCUUCCGACGAGCCUUUGAUCCCAAGGUGCUGUGCAUGGACGAGUAUGACGUGGUGGCCCUGGAGCACGAGACCCUGGUCCUGGUGGUCACCAGCACGUUUGGGAACGGGGACCCUCCGGAAUGUGCUGAGAGCUUCUCCAAGGCACUGAUGGAGAUGACAUCGCCGUACACCGGCACCUCCCAGGCGGAGCCGCCCAUGAGCUACAAGCUGCGGUUCAACAGUGUCUCCCAGUCCGACCAGCUCGUGGCCUCCUGGAAGAAGAAGCGUCGGCAGCUGAGCAACACGGACAGCGCCGGGACGCUGGGAGCGCUGCGGUUCGCGGUGUUCGGGUUGGGGUCCCGGGCGUACCCCCAUUUCUGCGCCUUCGCACGGGCCGUGGACACACGGCUGGAGGAGCUGGGGGGGGAGCGGGUGCUGCCCCUGGGCGAGGGCGACGAGCUGUGUGCCCAGGAGGAGUCGUUCCGCACCUGGGCACGCCAGGUGUUCCAGGCUGCCUGUGAGACCUUCUGUGUGGGGGACGGGCCGGGGGGGGCCGAGGAGCUGUUUGCCCCCCCGCAGGGCUGGAAGCGCCAGAGGCACCGGCUGGUGCCGCAGCCCCAGGCCACCGAGACCCUGGCUGGUCUGUCCCACCUGCACAAGCGCCGGGUGUUCCCCUGCUCGGUGCUGUCUGUGGAGAACCUGCAGAGUGAGGAGUCCAGGUGAGACCCCCGGACAGUGACACCCAUCUCGGCCCCCCC